UGCCAGUCCUCCUCCAAGUUACAAUAUCCUGAUUUGGGGCUAUGUUACCGCCAUUCUAUAAGUGUAGCUAAUCAAAAUCUUCAAAUUCCCUUCCUAAAUCUUCAAAUUCCUUCCGGGUGUCCCCACAACCCAAGGACAACAAAGCAGCUCCGCACCACUUGUGCAGGGAAAGUAAGGAUGGGCAAUAAAUGCAAGGAAAAUAACAACCAAAACAGUCUACAUCAGAGGGCUAGCACAGCUCUGUCGGGCCGAUUGGCUGCCCGCGCUGCACAAUCCCAAACCGAAACUCCUUUCUACGGUCGAAUGAAUACUGCACGAAGUUACGUUCCAAAUUGAUUAAUAUCCAAGGGACGAUCCUCACAGUAAGAAGACCACUGUGUGUGUUUAUUUCUGUUUCAUGUUUCUGAAUGGACAAGUUUCCUUAACACACCCUGACCCUCCUCCAAAAGAUUAGCAACAAACCCGGAGCUUCUUGCCGACUCCAACACACGCGAAAAGGUUUCCCGGGGAAAGUCGACAGGAAACUAGAUACCUGACCUUGAAGAUGGGGAUAACUGGACCUCCGACAACUGCAUCAAAGCCCAGUCACACUGAGGAACAGCCCAGAAGAUGUGCCACUAACCCGUUUCACAGUAUAAAGUUUUUUGUGCUAUGUCACGGACUGUUACAGCUCUCCCAACUCCUGGUCUCUGGGUAUCUGAAAAGCAUUGUCUCAACCAUUGAGAAACGAUUCGGACUUUCCAGCCAGACCUCAGGAAUGUUGUCCUCUUUGAAUGAGAUUGGAAGCGCUGUGUUUAUUGUGUUUGUCAGUUACUUUGGCAGUCGGGUUCAUCGCCCCCGUCUGAUUGGCUGCGGGGGUAUCCUCGUUAGUGUUGCUGCAUUCACUAUGGCCUUGCCCCACUUCAUCAUGGGAAAAUAUACAUACGAUCGCACCACCACAAAUAAUGUUAAUAACGUCUCUGAUAUCUGCCACUUGACGCCUCAGGACCAGAAUUUAAACAGUGAGAUUUGCAGUGUGCAGGAAAGCAGCGGUGGUUACGACAUGCUUUCGCUGCUAAUAGUUGGGCAGUUACUGCUGGGAAUCGGAGGUGUUCCCAUUCAGCCGUUUGGGAUAUCGUAUGUUGAUGAUUUUGCCAGCAAUAGGAACUCACCUUUGUAUCUCGGAAUUCUGUUUGCAGUUAGUGUCCUGGGACCAGCAUUCGGCUUCGUUUUAGGGUCUGCUGUCCUCCGUCUCUACGUUGACAUUGACAAACUGUCAGCUGCUGAUAUUGAUCUGGAGUUUGGAGACCCUCGCUGGGUGGGAGCCUGGUGGCUGGGUUUCCUCAUGGCUGCUAGUUUUGUUGGCAUGGUCUCUAUCCCAUAUUUCUUUUUCCCAAAAGAGAUGCCCAAAGAGGGCUCCCGGGAUCCCGAAGGAGAAAUCAACACAGAUAAAAAGCUGAAUCAAUUAAAAUCCAAACAAGAGGAUGCAACACAAGGCCUAUCAUUACUCCAAUUUAUUAAGAGUUUUCCGUGUAUCUUACUGAGGACUUUGAGGAGCUCAGUUUACCUCCUCGUUGUGUUAGCUCAAGUCUGUAUGUCAGCUCUGAUGUCUGGAUUAACCGUCUUCAUUGGCAAAUUUCUGGAGCAACAGUUCACUGUGACGGCCUCGUUUGCAAAUUUACUGAUUGGAAGCAUCCAUGUCCCUGGAGCAGUUCUUGGAAUCCUAAUAGGUGGGGCUAUCAUGAGGAGGUUCCAAAUGAGUCUCAGGGGCUCAGCCAUCAUGUGCUUUGCCGCCAUCUUUGCCUCUAUCUGUGCGACUACGCCACUCUUGUUCCUCGGCUGUUCAACGCAGGUAGUUGCUGGAAUAAACGACAACCGGAGUACCUUGAAUAGGACAUCUGGCUUGGAACUGAGCUGUAAUCGAGGAUGCUCCUGUAAGGAUCAGGCUUACAAUCCAGUUUGUACAACAGAUGGCAUCGAAUUUGUGUCUCCGUGCCACGCGGGCUGCAUGUCUGCCUCCUUCGAAACUGAUGCAAAAGUUGUGAAUUAUGCCAAUUGUUCCUGUGUUUCGGCUCAAACCCUGGUGAAGCCUGGCUCCUGUGGCAGUGGCUGCUACAAGCUCCUCCUGCCUUUUAUGAUCUUCCUGACCUUGGCUGGUUUUGUAGCCACAUUUUGCCAAACACCUUCUUUCAUCUUGGUCCUGAGGUCAGUGAAGCCUGAAGAUAAAUCUUUGGCGAUUGGGAUUCAAUUCAUGCUGUUCCGAGUUCUGGCUUGGUUGCCAGGACCAAUCCUGUAUGGAAGUGCAAUUGACACCACCUGCAUCCACUGGGAAACGAAAUGCAGCAAAAAGGCAGCCUGCAGAUACUAUAACCUCGACCUCUUCCGGGUCAGGUAUAUCGGGCUGCAAAUGCUGUUUCAAUGCAGUGCCUUUCUCCUUUUCCUGAUGGCCUAUUACUUCUUAAAGAAAAAGUCUUUAAGAAGGGAGCAACAAACCAAGAUGACUACAACAGAUCCGAGAGUUGGGGAAGAGAGAAAAAAACUGAUGGAACAAGAGAGUGAAACCAAAUUACAGCUUGAAUCCAAAGCUUGAGUCAUGGAGGGGAAGUGGUGAGGGCGUUACCUAUUUCUCAUUCAAAUCUGACCUCGACACAGGACACAGGGAGAGACAAUGCAUUGCCUCUGAUGCUGGUCUUCCUUUUUUUAUCGAUUUUCACUCCUGUGUACACUGCUCUUUCUCUGGGAAGCCUCCUGGACUUUCUAGGAUCUUUCCCGCCCUUGGUCACCUACUGUUGAUCAGAUGUGUGGACCAAUCUGUGACAGAAGUGUUUAUUUUACUAUUACAUGUCUUUGUACUCUCAUCUCUCUCUCAGGAGAGGGAGCAUCCUCUUGUUCCUGUGUUCAGUUAGCUGAAGUUUUUCUCUGCUUGAUCAUCUACUGCCCCGAUCGCAAAUCCUCUUUUGGCCUUUGAGUGAAUUCUUUUCCUACAUGUGAACGGGGACCUUCAAUAUGGGGGAGAUGACAAUGUCACUGGGCUAGUGGUGCAGAGACCCAGACGGAUGCAGUGGAGACAUGAUUCAAAUCCCACUACGGUGAAAUUGAAAAUCAGUGAAUAAGUUCUGGAAUUGGAAGCAAAUCUCAGCAGCAGUGAUCUGUGAAAUUAUCCAUAGAUUGUUGUGUAAACCCCACCCGGUUCACUAAUGUCCUUCAGGUGAAGGCAAUCUGCCGUCCUUACCCGGUCUGGCCUAUAUGUGAGUCCAGACCCACAGCAAUGAGGUUGACUCAUAACUGCCCUCUGAAAUAGCCAAGCAAGCCAUUCAAUUCAAGGUGGCACCUCAUCAUACCAGUUUGCUGAGGGUAUCAAUGUUAGCCUAGGUCAGUGUCUCCCUACUUUUGUGAAUUAUUUCAAUGGCAUUAUAAGCUGUGAUUGCCUUUAGAUAAUAGCGUUACCUUAAAUGGAAGGAAUGUAGUACAGAACAAUUAGUACUGAACUGUACUGAACAGAACAAUUAGUCAUAUUCCCCAAGAGUAUUACAUGUAACUCUCUGUCUUUUUACUUAGCCUUAUGCUCAGUCAUAUCCAUCUGCUAAUGAUCUACCUCUCUGUGACAUGUAUCUGCUCAGGUGUUGUAGAACAGAGAGACAUAAGGGUUCAGGAAAAUAAUUCUUUGGAAUUUGCAUCACAUAGUAGACGAGUGGUUAAGAAGUCAGUUAGCACACUUGCCUUCAUUGCUCAGAAUUUUGAGUAUAGGAGUUGGGACGUAAUGUUGGGGUUGUACAGGACAUUGGUGAGGCCUCUUCUGGAUUACUGUGUGCAGUUCUGGUCACCCUGUUAUAGGAAGGAUAUUAUUAAACUGGAGAAGGUUCAGAAAAGAUUUACCGUGAUGUUGCUGGCAAUGCUGGGAAGGUUUGAAUUAUUAAAAUAGGCUAGAUAGGCUGAGACCUUUUCAAUGGAGUGCAGGAGGUUGAGGGGUGAUCUGUUAGAGGUUUUUAAAAUCAUGAAGGGCAGAGAUAACAUGAACAGCAAGGGUGUGGUCCCUAGGGUUGGAGAGUUCAAAGGUAGAGGGCAUAUUUUUAAGUAAGAGGAGAAAGUCUUAAAAAGGACAGGAGUGGUAACAUUUGUUUACACAGUGGUUUGUGUGUGGAAUGAGCUGCCAGGGGAAGUGAUGGAUGCAGAUACAGUGACAACAUUUACAUAAG